UGCGGAUGUGAGUUUUUGUUGUCAUAAUGGGCAGAGUCCACGCAGGUGGGAGAUUGUAGUGGUACUUUUAAGAAAUGACAAUGGAUUCACAAGACUAAGAUGGCGAGUAAAUAGCAGGCGGCUUUGUUAAAUCCACCGCACCCUCAGCUGAGGACUUUGCUUUUUGUAGCGUGGGUGCUGGGCUACGUGGCCUUUCUGCUCUCCGUCAGGAGGAUGUGGACGGGGAAGUACGCCCGGAGCCCGCUGGUCCGCUCACUCUUUCUCAACAUGGUGAGCGAGAACGAGGCGGCCGCGGCGGAGACACGAGAGUGGUACCAGUGCGGUCCUGACCUGCUCGGAGAAUCAGUGCAACCCCUGUUUGUCCAGAGCCACCUGGACUCGGGCACCAAGGCUUUUCUAAAGCGGAGCGUGGAGAAGUCCGGCUGGCUGUUCACCCAGCUCUACCACUCUUUUGUAUCAACUGUCCUCAGCCCGCUGGUCUCACGCACCUCCAUCAAUGGGUUUCUGGGCCGCGGCUCCAUGUUUGUGUUUUCGGCGGAGCAGUUCCAGCGGCUCCUCCGGAUCGGCCCAGAGUGGAGGGCUGAGAGACUCCUGGACCUCGGAGCUGGGGACGGAGGCGUCACAGAGGUGAUGGGAGUCCAUUUCAGAGAGGUCUAUGCAACUGAAGUGUCUUUACCCAUGAAAUGGCAUCUACAGAGGAGGAAUUACAAGCUGCUGGGUAUUGAUGAGUGGCAGCACACUGGUUUCCAGUAUGAUGUGAUCAGCUGUCUGAACCUGCUGGACCGCUGUGACGACCCUCUGCUUCUCCUGCGGGAUAUCCGGCUAGCGCUAGUCCCAAACACGGGGCGACUCAUCCUGGCUGCGGUGCUUCCCUUCCAGCCAUACGUGGAAGUCGGAGGAAGAUGGCAGCGACCCAAAGAACAUAUCAGAAUCAAAGGCAAAACAUGGGAGGAGCAAGUCACCAACCUGACCAAUGACGUGUUCCGGAGGGCGGGGUUUGAGGUGGAGGCUGUGACGCGGUUGCCAUACCUAUGUGAAGGGGACAUGUACAACGAUUACUACGUUCUCGACGAUGCAGUUUUUGUUCUCAAGGCCUCUGAGGAGUCUGCUUGAAUACUAAAAUGCACUGUGGGACUUUUCAGAGGCCGUUAUUUUACGCAGCUAACUCUAUCUCGCUGGGUUGAUCCUGGGUGGAGUUUAGUGCAAUUUUCAUAAACCUCACUCAUAAAACUCAA